AUGUCUGUUGUCGAAUACCGAGUUCUUCUGUAUCAAUUUAGCGAGGAAAUUGAUUGGCAAACUCAACGAAGAAAGUUGAUAUUUAUCCUCAGAGCUUACCUUCCUGAUGGCUCUGAAGGAGGUAUAACUGACAUUGAUUCGCUACUUACUAUGCUGGAGGAGAAGAAUAUUCUUGGAAUUGAUCGUCUUAAUGUAAUGAAGGAACUACUAAAAGAGAUAGAAAAGUGGGAUCUUCUUCGCAGAAUAGAGCGAUUUGAAAUUAAGAGAAAGGACUACAAACAGUUACUGGAGAAGAUAAUUCAUGCACUCGACGAGUCCAAUGAACUGCAACGACUCAUUUCAAUCUGCAGAGGAAAAAAUCUGAUUGCUCGUGAAAGCGAAGAAGAUAUCGUGGAUGUCAAUGCAUUGUUCACAGUGCUAGAACAACAGAAUGAUUUGGGGAUAGAAGACCUCACUCUCCUGAAAACCUUAGCAAAAGAGGUGGAGAAACCAGAUGUAUGCAUACUGCUAGAGGAGUUUGAGAAGAAGAGAAAACAGGAAGAAGAUGCCGAGCGGAAAAAGAGAGAAAGGGAGUACAACAUACGAAGAGCACGCGCUCAGGCCGCUUCUGUUCUUUCUGGUGGAAUAAACAUUGGAGAAAGAUUAAUAGGAGUUGUCACACCUCACUGUACUUUCCGCAAUGUUACUGGUGGUGCUGUGGUCGUCACUACAUGGAUGGUCCUUCGCAGAAGUCUCAGUAUCGAAGAGUUUGUCAACGCUUUCAAAGAAGCUGUCCUUCCAUUUGGAAAUUGCUUGCGUGCAAUUAGUGAAGGAUCGAUCCGAUUUACGAUUCAAGCAGAAAAUAUUUCUGCUCUUGACGUAUUAUGGCAAAGUUAUCAAGACGAAAAGCUUAAGACAAAUUUACAAGAGUUUCUUGUUACUGAGGAAAUAAAGCAGCUGGCGGGUGGUGAAGUGACGUUGACUGUGCACAUCGACGAAGAUGAAUACAGAAAUGCGAGGUUCGAUUUGAUAAUAUCAGGAACAGAAGAGAUGAAACUUGAAGAAAAAAGAGGAUUAAAAGAUCGAGCAAGUUCUGAUUCAGACCUUCAGAAAGAAAGAAACAUGACCACAGUGAAUACAAAAGAUCCUUUUCCAGAGAGGAAGUUUUUACCAUUUGACAGAAAAGUACUUGUAAAAGAAUAUUUGGAAAAUCUUCGAGAGACCUUCAGCGAAAUCACAUUACCGAGUGAUAGUGGAGCUGGGACCUGGAGUAGUGCCACUUCUGAAUAUGGAUUUGGCAAAGAAUCUAUUUUGACAUCGUCAAGCAGUGCUCGAGCUGUUAUACAACAAUUGGACAACUCUAUACAGCUAGAUAAAGGCUUUUUCAAAAAUCCAACCACAGAGGACAAAAGGGCUAUCCGUGGCUUGGCAAGAAGGGCGAAACAUUUAAAAAGAUUCGACGUUUUCUAUUACUUAAGAGAGAUCACACCACCAGGAACAACAGGUCCUUGGUUACAUGAGAACUUGCUGAUCAAGGACAUCCCCCAAUAUAUAAAAGAAAAAAAAUCAAAACUUUUGGAACGGACCUUUUUGGGGAUGCAGUAUCAAAAGAGCGGACCAAGCGACAUGAGCUACCCAGAGAGCACUACCAUACUGGAUCUUGUCGCUAUGCGAAACGAGUUAAGAACAGUGGGUGAGCUGUACGACUUGAUAUGUGAACGUGGGCUGCCUCACAUUGCCGAUUAUCUUUAGAUGUCUCAACUCUACCAGCCCACGAGGAUCUCUUGAUCUCAUGUUUUCUUACUCUGUCCUAUGAGAUGAUGAAUCAGCUCACCCUUGCCACAGGGAACAGAUAAUUUGCUGCUAAAGUCAGUCAUACUGAAGUGACAUG